GGGGCCGGAGAAAUGUUAAUUUCUUUCAUCUUGCGCCUGAGCAGUUGUUGAACGUCAUAGACCGAUAGAGUUUGCAGUUUGUCUUAGGAAGUUCCAAGUGCUCAGUUAUCUCUUUAUCUCUAAUAACCUCAUAAUGGCUCCGACCACAUUGGAGAACGCCUUUUCGAAGGACUCUCCAUCGACCGCCGUCAUCGUCCCCGGCUCACCCGCCCUGACUGUCUCGUACCAGAAGCUCGCUGCCGACGUGAAGGCUUUCCAACAGCAGUUGGCGAAGGCUGGCGUGAGCGCGCAAGCAGCCGUGUCUAUCGCGCUGCCCAACACGUAUGAGUUCAUCGUCUCCUUCAUUGCUGCAUCGUGGCAGAGAGCAAUCGCGGCUCCCCUAAAUCCAGCGUACAAGCAGUCGGAAUUCGAGUUUUACAUCGACGAUCUCAGUUCUGCUAUUGCGCUGGUUCCCAAGGGCGCAUUUGCGCAGGAUGCCGCAGCAGUGAGGGCGGCGAGGAAAUAUAAUGCGGCUAUUGCGGAGUGCUAUUACAACGGCACGGAGGUUGUUUUGGACGUCAAAGAAGCUGGUAAAUUAGGUGGCAAGAGCGUACCUGUGCAGACGGCGCAGCCAGAUGAUGUCGCCUUGGUACUACACACCAGCGGCACAACUGGACGGCCAAAGGCUGUUCCGCUUACGCACCGUAAUCUUCUUCGAACCAUGAAGAACGUGCAGGCGACCUAUGAGCUGACGCCGAAAGACCGCACCAUGCUGGUAAUGCCCUUGUUCCACGUUCAUGGUCUCCUCGCUGGUUUCCUUGCACCCUUGGCCUCUGGAGGCUCGGUUGUCGUACCACCAAAGUUCUCCGCAUCUGAAUUCUGGAAAGACUUCAAUGCGCACAAGGCGAACUGGUAUACCGCCGUUCCCACCAUCCACCAGAUCUUGCUCAAGAGCCCCCUUCCUAGCCCAGUGCCGGAAAUCCGCUUCAUCCGUUCAUGUUCAUCGCCUCUUUCGCCGAAGACGUUCCAUGAGCUCGAGAAGGCUCUUGGUGCGCCUGUACUGGAGGCAUACGCCAUGACCGAGGCCUCGCAUCAGAUGACGAGUAACCCUUUGCCUCCGAACAAGCGCAAGCCCGGCAGCGUAGGACUUGGCCAGGGCGUAGAAGUCAAGAUUCUCGACGAUAAUGGUGACGAGGUUCCUCAAGGCAAGGAAGCUGAAAUCUGCAUUCGUGGUGAGAAUGUCACGAAAGGCUACCUCAACAAUCCAUCUGCGAAUGCUUCUUCUUUUACCAAGGGUGGCUUCUUCCGCACAGGAGAUCAAGGCAAGAAAGACGAAGAGGGUUACGUAAUUAUUACCGGUAGGAUCAAGGAGUUGAUCAAUAAGGGUGGCGAGAAAAUCAGCCCGAUUGAGCUCGACAAUGUCAUUGCGCAACACCCUGCCGUGUCCGAAGCUGUCAGCUUCGCGAUUGAAGAUGAGAUGUACGGCCAAGAUGUUGGCCUCUCCAUCGUGGUGAAGGGGGGUCAGAAGCUUAGCGCUCAAGAGCUGAAGACCUGGCUGGCGGACCGCGUCGCCAAGUUUAAGUUGCCGAAAAAGAUCUUCUUCACCGAUAUCAUGCCAAAGACGGCGACUGGCAAAAUCCAAAGACGCCUUGUUGCCGAAGCCAUGCUAAAGCAAGAGCAGCCAAAGGCUAAGCUAUAAACUUCCUCCCUUGUCCAUACAAGCCUGCGAUGUACUGUACGUUCUUGCUAUUUUUAGACGGUCGAUAGAGUCCUUGGGUAGAUCUGCUCUAGAUGGUUUUCCUCCGUUGCACGAAUAGAUUAAAUCGCGACAUCGCGCAGCUUCUCCGCAAUUUUCCACAAAUGCUACCGA